CUUUUCUUUUCCUUUUUUUUUUUUGACCUUCUCUUUUCUUUUUUCCUUUGCAUAGAAGUAGAUAACAGAUACACGUCGAUCAGACAUCGCACGUACGGCCACGCCAUGGCUCCACGGACGAAACGCGGCCGAGAAAACGCGUGCGCGCCGCCGGAAACCGGGACGCUGCCGGCAGAACUGGUGCUCGAGAUCGUCGCGCGCUCUGACCACCGCACGCUCGUCCGUUGCGCCGCCAUCUGCAGGCAGCUCCGGCGUGAGAUCCUCAGCCCAUCUUUCAUCCACCGCGUUAGCAGCCAAGCGGUUCCGCGCAUCCUCGCCCAUCUACGCACCACCGACGCCGACAAGCCCCUCGCCCUUGUCCACCCGGCCACGCCGUCCGCCGCGUCCUUCUGCCAUGACCACCUCUCGCCCUUCAUCUCGCGCCGCACCGCCCAUAUCUUUGACCAUUACGGUCCUGUGAUGUCCCGUCACGGUCUCGUCCUCCUCACUCGCCUGGACAUAGAAUCCCGAUCCAAGUCCGGCCGCCGCUUCGACCUGUGCGUGUACGACCCCAUGACUGGGCGCCGUACAUUCUUCUCCAAACCGCCGGAGAUCAAGAUCAGCGGGAAAUCCCGCUGCAAAUACGUCUUGCUCACCGCCGCCGACGGUAUAGACGACUCCUUUCUGCUGCUCGUCGUCGAUCCCUACGGGUGGGGCAUCAAAGUACAGGCUGGAUCAUCGUGUGGGACAUGGGGGCCAGUCAUGUAUGGGAGCGACCAUGACUUCCCAUGGUGGUCGCUCAAAUUGCGAGGCGACCCUGCCAUCCUCUCUGGUGGCGUCAUCCACUGGCUAGCGUCUCAUGGCAAGCAAAUCCUAAGCUACGAUUUCGGCACAGGGAAGACGGGCUCGGUGAAGCUUCCGCCCACCAAGUACGACUUUUACCAGCUAUAUUUGACGACAUCGUCGGAUCGGAAACUACUGAAACUUCUCUCCAUCCAAGGGUACCUGAUGUCCGUGUGGCUAAAACUGCCAAACUCAGCAGCAGGUGGCGGUGGCUGGGCGUUGGAGACCGUGAUCGACACCGGGGAGAAGUUGCGCUCGCUGGACCCCAGUAUCCCUCUCGGUUGUUGUCCAUAUUAUUAUAAACUUACCGUGUUCCAUUGCUUUGAGAAGAGAAGUGGUGAUGUCGUGUUGCUCCGGGUUCCUAGGGAAGGCUAUUUUGACACCAUCACCGUGGACUUUGGAGACGAAGGAUAUUCAUAAGCAAGAGUGGGGUCCCUUAUUGUUGGAGAACGAUCUACCGUUGAGGAGGAAGGAUAUGCACACGCAAGAGUCGGGUCCCUUAUUGUUGGAGAAGGAUCGACCAUUGAGGAGGAAGAUUAUACAUUGGAAAGAGUGGGCUCCUUUCUUGUUGGAGAUCGACCUGGCAUCUCGUUUGGAGAACAUGCAAAUAUAUUCCUAGCUAGGAUAGCCAUCUAAGUAGGUCGUUUUACAUAUAUAUACAUUUAUCAU